AUGAAGUUUACUAACGUUGCUGCUGCUGCUGCUGUUGCUGGUGGUGUAGUUAAUGCUGCUGAUGUUGUUACCGUUAUUACUAUCACUAGAGGUAGUACAACAGAUGGUGGUGCUGUUUCCUCUUUGGCUGCUGUUAUUUCCAAUGCUCUUUUAGGACUGGCUCCUGCUUCAAACACUGUAGUUGCACCUGCUCCAGUAGAGUCAACUUCACCUACUCAAGAAGAUACCACUUCUCCAACCACUGAUGCUGCUAAUAGUGACACUAAUACAGAUUCUAAUGCUAACACAGACUCUGCUGCAACUACAGAUGCUGCUGCCGCUACUGACUCGGCUGCUGCUACUGACUCAGCUGCCGCUACCGGCAUGGCUGCUGCUACUGACUCGGCUGCUUCUGGUGCUACAGAUGGUUCCUCUGGUGUCGCUACUGAUUCUACAGCUACUGAUGCUUCAGCUUCUGGUUCCGACGCUUCUGUUGCUUCUGAUGCUUCUGCUUCUUCUGAUGCUUCUGCUUCUUCUGAUGCUUCUGCUGCUUCUGAUGCUUCUACCUCUGGUUCAGAAGCGUCUGGUUCCAAUUCAAAAUCUGGUACUAGUGCCACGGCCUCUGAAUCUGGUUCUGGUUCCUCUGAAUCUGGUUCUGCUACUGUUACUGUUACUAAAUCUUCUGGAUCUGGUUCUUCUGAAUCUGGUGCUUCUGAGUCAACUUCUGCUGAAUCUGGUGCUUCUGAAUCUGGAUCUGGUACUGCCAGUGACUCUACUGGAAGUUCUACUGAAAGUAGCUCAGAUGCUUCUGGAAGCUCCUCGACUGAAGAAUCUUCUGAUACUGCUAGUGCUUCUGGUUCUGAAUCUGUUAGUGCUACUGGUUCUGAAUCUGGAUCCUCUUCAGCAUUAGGAGGUGCUGCUAAUAUUCAACCUUUCGCUUAUUCUGGUGUCUUGGGUGCCAUUGCUGCUGUGCUCUUAUUGUAA